AUGGGUGGUUUUAAUAACGUUAUCUUAUCUAACAGUCACUUUGUUCCUCAUUACAAUGUCUCCACUGGUAUUGAGCGCCUUACUGUGUUGCUGAAAGAUAAAGAGACAACGGCAACGAUCUAUCCUAUCUUUUCGCCUGAUGAUUUGCCAUUUGAGCUUUUACGAUUUUUAACGCAGGAAUACAAUGAUGAGAUUGCUAGGGGAGACACUCAACCGUUCUUUGAGCCUUUGACAAUCGACGAGUUCAGGGAUUACUGGCUUGGUCAGUUUGCUGCUGUAAUGGUGUUGGGGGACGACCCAACUUUGGACACUUCGUGGUCGCACAAGGAGUGGGCCAAGAGAUGUCUAGGGACAUUUUUCAUUAAAGCAAGUUAUCCAGGCAGAUGCGCACAUGUGGCAACAGCAAACAUACUUGUGAAUGCGGGUAUUAGAGAAAAAGGUAUAGGCAGAAUUUUGGCUGAAUGUUUCCUUGCAUGGGCUCCAAAGCUAAGCUACACGUAUGCGAUGAUGGAGCUUAUUUUUGAAACGAACGCCCCGGCAAAAACUGUCUUGGAGAGCCUUCAUUUCAAAAAGAUCGGGCGAAUUAAGGGCUGUGGACUACUCAAAAGUAAUAAAGACUCCUUGAUAGAUGCUAUCACUUAUGGUCGAGAGUUAGAUCCCCCCGAGACCAAGACUGACCACAAUUCAAAAUAUGAGAAAAUUCGAGACUUCAUUCUCACAAGAAAGUAUCCAGAUGAUGCAGAUCGGCAGGAAAAGUCCCGACUAAGAGCUCUCGCUUCUCACUAUACCGUGGAAAAUGGUCACUUGUACUUAAAAGGAAAAGAGGUCAUCAUGACACAGAAGGAGCAGCUUCGAAUUACCAAAGAUGCACACGAACGUGGCCACAUCGGAAUCAACAAGACAACGUCUUAUUUGUGCGAUAGGUAUCACUGGCCAAAAAUCAAAGAGAUGGUGACUCAAGUCGUGAAAGCUUGCCCAGAGUGCAAGGAUCCAACCCUAAUAUCUUUAAAAAGAUCGGAAGUCCCGACACCGAAGCUGCGAACAAAAUCGCCAAGGCAGCAGUAUAUUCACCACCAGUCGCCCAAUACUUUAUCGCAGCAGUUACCGGACAUUGCUCACAUAUAUCAGAACACACAUAUUGAUUCGUCUAACCCUCUCAAUGAUAUUUUGGCGGGCUCCGGAAUCUCGGAUGUCGUUGAAAUGGUUCAGCGACAACAUCGCCAUAUACAAGAGCCUCAUCAAAACCAUACAUUCGCGGACUAUGCAUCUCAUUAUCAUCCAAAUAUAACCUCCAAUUUCCACUACAACUCGCCUGGCGAUCAUUCAGAAACCCCUACUCCUGCAGACUCUCAAAAUUUGCGGUAUAAAACCCCUAAUUCGAUUCCCAUUGAUCCGGCUGUUACUAAGUCACAUAACCAAGGCUCUAAUGAUGGUUCAGAUGUUGCAGCCUCUUCCGAGAUAGACAUGGCUCGAGCAUUGCUCAAUAGUGGACAAGGACAACCCAGAAAUUAA